CCAACCAAAGCAGAGCUGAAGAAGAGGAACAUGAAGUAGCCAAUCUGCAGAUUGUGGAAUCCUCUAUCAUGGAAGUAGAAACAGGAGACUCAGCUCCAGUCACAGAACUCUCUUUACCGGAAAAAUCCUUUCAAAUCUCUAAAUCUCAGCCUCUAAAACCUUGGAGAAGAACAGGCACAAGGAUGGGCAGGCUUCUCAGAAGCAUUGAAACUCCCAUUAUUAUUGAUCAAGUUUCUAAAGGAAAGAGAGACAGGCAAGUCUUGGAGCCAACAGAUCACACAGAGGACUCCAACACUCAAAAUCAGGUUCAAGCUAAAAAGCAAAAAGCUAAUUCGAAAAUGGUGGGGGUUGCCAGCCUCGAAUGGCACCACCCUGAUAAAU